CAUGAGAGGACACUUUUCUAUCGAGUGGAUGGCCCAGAGCAGCCAGCGGGAAGGAGACCAGGCCGCCUCUGCUACCUGUGGGACCAACUCAGAGAGCCUGCCGGGCUUCUACUGCAGACACACUCUGGAAGCUGCUCCUGAGCAUGGACACAGCAGCCAGGGCCUCCAGGGAUCAAACCACGUGCAGGAUAAACAAGGUAAUCCAGCAACUGAGGUUGGUUUCAGCAGUGGAACAGAAGAGGAGACCUCAGGGUACGAGAGUGAAGGAGGCCCUUUCUCGUCUCCUGCAGCUCCUGCCGACUGGACCUCCUCCUCUCCAGCAUCUCCUCCAUCAGGGAGAAGACCUCGCACAGCUUUCACAGCCGAGCAGAUCGGCGUUCUGGAGACGGCCUUCAAGAGGAAUGCUUAUCUCGGAACGCAGGACAAGGCUGAGCUUUGCAAGAAGCUCAGCCUCUCUGAUAAGCAGAUCCGCAAUUGGUUCCAGAACCGGCGCAUGAAGCUGAAAAGGACGGUGCAGGACACACUUGCUCACGCCUGUCAGGCAAAUGUAGCCUUUCCAUUUAUGCAUUACCCAGAGGUGCAGCCCUACAGGCCCGGGCCCUACUCCAGGUAUUACUCAGCACCAGAUGGCUCAACUGCUGCCUCCUUUGUGCAUCCACACAGUCUGCAGUAUGCUUCUCCUCUGCCCACCGUCCCACCAUUGGCCACUGACCCAUUUUACCAGUACAACCAGUACAGCAGCGUGCCAGGAGUGACACUGCCCUCUGCCAUGGGAACCUACCAUGGCAGUCCUCAUUAUUACUGA